UGCAGACAGGUGGCCUAUUACUGAGUGUUUCAAAAACCCAGUACAUGGUGUAUAAUGACCCAUCUUCCAUCAACAACCCUCUCAUUAUUGACGGACAACAAGUCACCAGGUGUGACGAAUAUAAAUAUUUGGGCACCAUGUUACACUCGUCUGGCAACCUGGACACAAACAUACAGCAUCGGAUAGCGGCAGCCUGGCUUAAAUGGCGGGAAGUAACUGGUGUAACCUGUGACAAACGUAUGCCCGUUAAGCUCAAAGGCUUAGUGUACAAGAGCAUGAUCAGGCCAGUCUUGACGUUUGGUAGUGAAACGUGGGCAGUAACGCAGCGCCAAGUCCAGACCAUUCAAGUCGCUGAGAUGAAAAUGCUUAGGUGGAUGUGCGGAGUGACGAUGCUCGACAAAAUCCGUAACGAAUACGUGCGCGGCAGUCUCGGCGUACGCGACAUCUCCGAAAAGCUACAAGAGAGCAGGCUCCGUUGGUUUGGGCACGUAAAAAGAAGACCUCCAGAUUAUGUGGGUAACGUUACAGCCAAUCUAAACAUACCAGGGCUUAGACCAAGAGGACGGCCAAAAACAAGAUGGGCGGAUGUGGUCAAAAAGGACCUGUGUAUGUGCAAUGUCUCCGAGAACGACACGUCCGAUAGAGCGAAGUGGAAGAGAAGUACGAAGAAGGCAGACCCCACCAUCAGAUGGGAAUAAUAAAUGCCAAGGAGAGA